CAAAUUGAAACAGCUGUUUGGAAAUCUUCAAUUUGUUUACGAUUUUCUCAGGACAUAAAUUUUAUAAAAACUAUAUAGUAGCUCUAAUAAAACAUGGAGCAGCAAUUGGAGAAAGCACUUAAUGAAUUUGUGUCACAGCCGGAGACAGUGGGUGUGUUGCUAGCCAAUCGUCAAGGCCUCUGUCUGGGAGCAAAAGGUCAAAUUAAUCCUAAUGUAUCGGGCAUUGGUAUGGCUAUCUCAGAGCAAGUGUGCAAACUGGAACCCAAUUUGAAUCCACCAACUAUCUGUCUGUACAGUGGGAACAAGCGUUGCAUCAUAAAAAAGGAUGGCGAAUUAACCGGUGUUAUAUAUAAACAAAAACUUAAUUGAAAGCGAGCUCCAAAGUAAACGUGCUGUGCCCUUUUUAUAAACCCACACAUAUAUGCAUAAAUAAACCAAAAUAUCUAUAAGAGUGUGUGUAAAAUUUAGCAUAAACUUCUUUUGUAAUAAAACCCUUAGCAAAGUAUGUACGUAUAUACAAUAUAGCUUAUGAAA